UAAUGGAAUAAAGACAUCACAACUUCACUGACGUGAGAGCAACUUUGCAGUGUGCUGUGAUAUAGGAAUGCUCCCACUGACUGUAUGCUUUCACUCAUCUCUGGUCGGCUGUGGGUUUGUAGAGGACAAAACAAUCUGUGUGGAAGUCAAGUUAUGCAUUACAACGCCACACUCAAGCACUGGUCAUGAUCCUUCAGUGCCAAGAUCGAUCUGCUCAGUAUCAAGCAGGCUUUGGUAGUUACAGUGUUGGCUAAUGGACUGCCCCGGCUAGCCAUGCAACUGAAUUUGCAUGCCGAGGACUAUCAACUGUGGACCAUUUAAAAGGCCAUGUGGUGAGCCUAGCUUAAGCCCCCCCUAUGCUGUGCACCCCCUGUCCUCGUCCCUCACUCACCCUCUCCAACGCCGACCGAAGGACAGAGGCAUGUCCCAGGUGUUCCUGCAUCUGGCCAUACUAACCGUCUCCAGCAUCCAGGUAUCUCCGGCUGUCGCGCUGGAUAAACUGAAGGAGGACUGGUUACAGUACGAAAAGGAAUGUAACCACAACAACACCAGGGCCGCGCCCUCCACCGGUCUGGUGUGCAUCCGAAAUUUUGACCUUUAUGCGUGCUGGCCCGAUGGAUGGCCCAACACCACAGUGGGUGUCCGGUGUCCCUGGUACCUGCCCUGGCACAACGAAGUCCGCAACGGCAUGGUGUAUCUGGACUGCCAGCACAACGGACAGUGGGUUUCGGACAAGAACACAAGCGAGUGUGAGUUGAAUACUCCCAGCCAGAUCCAGCAGCAGUUCUAUGGGCAGAUCCUCAGCAGGUUUCAGAUCAUCUACACGCUGGGAUACUCCUUGUCCCUGGUAGCGCUGGUUCUUGCACUUGGCACCCUCAUUUUCUUCAGGAAGCUGCACUGCAUGAGGAACAACAUCCACAUGAACCUCUUUGCGUCCUUCAUCCUGCGGGCGCUGUCCGUCCUGAUCAAAGACGCUCUGAUGGAGGACCCGGGCCUGAAGAUCCGGCACCAGGACCGGGACUUCACCCGGGACAUCAUCACCCCCGUGGACCUGCUCGUCAACAAUGAGACCACGGUGGCGUGCCGCAUUGCCAUGGUGAUGAUGCAUUUCAGUAUAAUGGCCAACAGCUAUUGGCUGCUGGUGGAAGGCAUCUACCUCCACAACCUCCUGGUCAUCGUCGUCUUCAACGAGAGGAACUUCUUCAACAUAUACCUGUGCAUCGGCUGGGGAGCUCCACUUUUAUUUCUCCUACCAUGGGUGACUGCAAAAUACUUAUAUGAAAAUGAAAAGUGUUGGGAGCUAAAUGUUAACAUGAAUUAUUGGUGGAUCAUUCGGUCGCCCAUACUGCUGGCAGUCGUGACAAAUUUCCUCAUCUUCAUACACAUCAUAAAGAUUCUGGUCUCCAAACUACGAGCACACCAAAUGAGAUACACAGAUUACAAAUUCAGGUUGGCCAAGUCCACGCUGAGCCUCAUCCCUCUGCUGGGCAUCCACCAGAUGGUCUUUGUGUUUGUGUUGGACGAGUCGUCGGAGAACAGUCUCAUUCUGCGUUUCACUAAGGUGGCCAUCGAUCUCCUGGUCACGUCUUUCCAG